AUGACCAUUUGGAUCCAACCCAAUGUACUUUUGUAAAUUGGCAGUAUUACAGCUAGGGAUGUAUAGAUUUCUUUAAAUCCAUCCAUUUGUUCCACAGAUGAACAGGCAAAUUUCACUUACUGACAAAAUAGAUAUGUUUACAGAGGUAGGAGAAUUCUAUUCAACUUAACACAAGUGUGAAUUUGGGCAAAUCUCACUGACAUUUACUGUCUCAAAGUUUAAAAACAGAGUGCAAGCCUGCAUGACUUUGAAAAAUCUGGCUCACUGGAAUCUGCAGGCUGCAGGUGUAAACAUUUGAACUUACUGGAAUCCGUUGCAGAUUUCUUCAACAUUCCUAAUAACACCACAGGGGUGUGGAGAGGCCAGUGAAACCUCAAGUAGUUUCUGAAUUGGAACAGGGUGUGGAAACAAUGUCUCAGCAGUUACUCUACCGGGCUUUGGUGUCAGCAAAGUGGGUGUCGGAAGCAAUCAAAUCUUCACAAGCUGGCUUGUCCGUGCGGCUCCUGGAUGCUUCCUGGUACCUCCCUAAAAUGAAGCGUGAUCCCCGGAGUGAAUUUGAGGAACGCCACAUCCCUGGGGCUGCCUUCUUUGACAUUGAUCAGUGCAGCGAUCGCACAUCGCCUUACGAUCACAUGCUACCCACUGCAGGGGAGUUUGCAGAGUACGUUGGCAAGCUGGGAGUUAACAGUGACUCCCAUGUUGUGGUGUAUGAUGGAAGCGACCAGGGUCUCUUCUCAGCCCCCCGUGUCUGGUGGAUGUUCCGAGCCUUUGGGCAUGAUGCUGUUUCCCUCCUAGAUGGUGGGCUGAAAAACUGGCUGCGGGAGGGGUACCCAGUCAGCUCUGGAAAGACCCGACCUGUCCCCGCAGAAUUCCAUGCCUCUUUAGACAAAUCACUGGUGAAGACGCACACAGAUAUCAAGGAGAACAUUGAAUUGCGCCAGUUUCAAGUAGUAGAUGCACGGUCUGCUGGACGUUUCCUAGGAAAAGAGGCAGAGCCCCGGGAAGGUAAUGGACAUCUUUAAGCCUUGAGGAUAGAAGAGUUGGGUUGGUUGAGCUUGGAAAUUGAAAAGAAAAGCAGGGAAGGCCAGGGACAAGAAGAGAUAAAACCUCUAGGUCAGUGAUUCUCAAUCUUGAAUCACCACAUGUUGGACUGUGAGUUUCAUUGUCUCCAGCCAACUUGGCCAAUGGAUGCAGCUAAUAAGAGCUGUGGCCCAACAACAACUGAAGAACCAAGCUUGGGAGUUGUUAUUCCAGUACAGAGAAAAUAUAAUUGAUUAAGCUAGAUAUGUUUUGUGUAAGGUCCUUACCUAAAGCAUCUUACCUUGUGUUGUUCAAGCACUCUGUUGCAAGUGCUCCCUGAAUCAGGCUAAAGCAAUUCUUUUCCUCUUCUUCUGAUUGAUCAUGGGCAAAUCUGCAACUAGGACUCACUGUCAUAGGUAAGAUUUGCUUGCAUUCUGC